ACAAGCCCCGCUGGCCCUGCGCUCGGGGCGGCCCCCCGAGAAGCUCGGGGCGGACGAAGGGGGGGGGCGCACGACAGCUGUUGCGUGCAGCUGGUCUCCGCGCCGCAUCUUCGACACGCCCAGAUCCCCGACGAUGUGAGUUCUCAUUCCGCGCGUUUUCCUCCAUUUUUCGGGCCCCGGAAACGGAUCGCGGGCGCGGAGCUGACCUUGCAGGAGGAGCCGCGCGUGCCGGGGCCGCGGCUCGAGCGGAGGACCUCUUGGAGGACAUCUGCGCACGCGCGGGGCGCGGCGGAAGGGGCCUCGCCUUCGGCACUGCGCCUCGCCCUGGGCGCGGAGGCCGGCGGAUCUUCAGAUGGCGGCGGUGCUUCCGCCGGCGGAAGGCCGAAGGAACAGCCCGCCUUCCGCCCCCGCGGCGCCCUGGCGGGCGCGAUGUCUGGCGCGGCGCGCGACGUGGAGGCGGAGGCGGCCGCGGGCGCGGAGGACAUCGGAGCGGAGGCGGAGAUCCGAAAUGCUGGGAACAAGAUGACCGGCAUAGGGGUCUGCAUGGUGAUGACCACGGUUGCCCUCGGCUUCGUCUACUUAUCCUUCUGCAUUGACCUGAAGGGGUGCCAGGUCUCUUUCGGAGUGGACCUGCACGACGACUACCUGUACCUCGCGCUGGCACACCUCGCCCUCGGAGUCGUGGUGGCAGUGGGAGUCCUGUCCAUGCGGCUCACGUUCAACGCGCUGGGCAGCGGCAUUGGUAGCCUCGAGCAGUCCACCGCGUUGAACGCGACGAAUGGGGACGAUAACAGCAGCCCUGAGACCAAACGGAUGACCACACAGGCAACUAUCAUAAGAUGGACGUUGUUGAUCCAAGCCAUUAUUAAAAUCGUCAUUUUCGCCCUGCUCGUGGACGGCGCGUGGCUGGUCUACGAUGCGUCCCACACUCCAGAAGAAUGCAACGCCGCCGCAUUGGCUGCAUUCUUUCCACUGGCUAUCUUGACUUUCAUCCUGAGCUUUGCGAACACCUUCGCGUACACGUGUGCAUCGACGUCUAGCUGA